AGAUACCCCGAACUGGGACAGCACAGACCGUGUCCCCCCUGCAAAGCCCGUCCAGGAGCGCUGCUCUGCAGAUGCUGAGUGCUGCUGCACGGCGAUAUUGGCCCUCCUCAGCUGUAGGAGCAAACAGAGAUUGAGCCCUGCUCUCCCUGUCAGCUCACCCCAAGCACGCAGCAAUCAGCUCAAUCAGCUUUAUCCCCCCGCAGGGAGUCAUGCCAGGGUAAAGAAAUCAGCCUCAGCUGCUUGACGGGAUCCUUUGCCUGCUCGUCAUCUUAAAGCCUCUCACCUCUCCUGUCUUUCAUCACGGUUAUAAACCCCUUAGAUCUUCAUCACGUGCUCCAUAAAUAACAAAUAUAUAAGCCGGGCUCUGUGUGUUCCUGCAGCCCCAUCCCUGCUGUCCCACGGCCACGAGGAGUCACAGGAUCAGGGUGAAGAGGAGCAGCACCACGUCCCCAUCCCCAUCCCACAGCCGGUAUUUUCGACAGCUAAGAGCUCAGGAAGAGAUUGGCUGAAAUUAAGCCGAAAUUAAGGGUGCAGUGACACUGCUGGGGCCCGGAGCUGACAGAGCUGCCCCAUACGGAGCAGAACAAGAUGCCGAUGCUCAGCGCGGUGCCGUUCCUGAAGCCCACCCCCCCGCAGGGACCCCGCAGUUCCCCCGGCCGCCAACGCCGGCACACACUGCCCGCCAGCGAGUUCCGCUGCCUCAGCCCCGAGGAUGCCGUCAGCGUGUUUGAGAUCGAGAGGGAAGCCUUCAUCUCUGUCUCCGGCGACUGCCCGCUGCACCUGGAUGAGAUCCGGCACUUCCUGACGCUGUGCCCGGAGCUCUCUCUCGGCUGGUUCGAGGAAGGUCGCCUGGUGGCUUUUAUCAUCGGCUCCCUAUGGGACCAGGACAGGCUCAGCCAGGCAGCGCUGACCCUGCACAAGCCUCGGGGCACAGCAGUGCACAUCCAUGUGCUGGCCGUGCAUCGCACCUUCCGACAGCAGGGCAAGGGCUCCAUCCUGAUGUGGCGGUACCUGCAGUACCUGCGCUGCCUGCCCUGCGCCCGGCGCGCCGUGCUCAUGUGCGAACAUUUCCUCGUGCCCUUCUAUGAGAAAUGCGGUUUCAAGGCUGUGGGUCCCUGCCAGGUGACGGUGGGCGCGUUGGCUUUCAUUGAGAUGCGGCACGAGGUGCGGGGCCAUGCCUUCAUGCGCAGGAACAGCGGCUGCUGAGCCCCGCAGCCCAGCUAACGCGGCAGCCCGUGAGCCGUCUCCAUCCCCACCGUGGCUGCACAGCUUUCCCUGCCUGCCCACACAUCUGCCUUUCGGCCAAGGGAUGAGCCUGGCCCCCAGCCCAUCCCUGUGCCUCACUCUCCCAAGGCUGGGGAAACACUCAGCCUGCAAGCACUGAGCCUGCACCCUCAGCUCUAGAGCUGGGGCAGUGAAGGGGAGCCCGCAGGAGGGCUGUGCCCCCAAGAGACCUGUGUUAAGGAUGGAAAAGCCAAGAGCCUCAGCAGAGCCUUGAAAACCUUGAGCCCCCAGCACAGGGUCCCCCUCCCCAGCACAGCCCUACACCAUGCACGAAGCCAAGCCCUGCUCUGAGCAGCCCCUGCAGCCACCCCCUGCCUGCAGGCACCUUUACAGCACGAAACCCCUGGGGUGCCCCCCACCCCAAAUUGCACAGCCAGGAUCCUCCCUGCAGGGCCAGUCAUGCAUGCAGACAUCACCUGCCCAGCAAGAGCCCCCUGCAAAAGCCUUGGGUCUAUUGUGAAGCAGCAAAUAAAGAUGCAGUGGUUGUUUUCUACA